AUGAUGAUCUCCCGCACCAUCAGCAGGGCCUCGGCCAGGCCUCAGCAGGCGGUCCGGUCUGCUGUGCGCGUGCAGGCCGCUAAGGAUUCGCCGGUGCACGCCGUUCUGCAGAACGCGGCUACUCUGGCGGUUGCUGUCGGCAUCGCCCUGUCACCGGCGCCCGCGUUUGCGGCGCUGCCCGACGGCGUCUCGGGCCCUGGCCAGACAGAGCUGGACGAGCUCCUGACUGCCAAGCUUGAGAAGAUCCGUGCCUCCGGGCUCGCCAAUGGGAAUCCCUCGGGAGCCCCGGUGCGUGUGGAGACCACUUACGACGCCGAUCGCAAGCCGCUGAACGCCACCAAGGCCCCGGCGGCAGAGCCCGUCCGCGCGGCGGCGCCUGCUGAGGAGGAGCGGAUCGACAUCCGCCAGGCCGCCAUUUCCGCUACGCGAACGCCGCUCCACGCGCUCGCCGCGCGCCCGCCGCGCCCUGGGGGCAUGGCCUCCGAGCUGUGGCGCAGCGGCGCACCGCCGGAUUGGGCCGCGGUCCGCGCGUGCGCGCACGAGAUUGUGCGCGAGCACGGCAAGAAGCCGGAGCUGGCGGAUCUGGAGGCCUGGGCGUGGGACGAGCUUCGUGCGGCGGUGCGCGCCAGGGAGCCGCCGCACCUGACCAAGGAGGAGUAUGUCAAGCUCGUCAGAUGGAAGCUCACGCGCGGCAAGUGGCGGCCGCUGAUGCGCUUUGCAGAGGCUCUGAAGCCCCAACAGAUCGAGGACGCCACCGCCGCCGCCUUCAAGGUGCUCCUGGAGACCAAGGGCAGCGCCGGCGCGGGCGCCGGCGGCGCGUCAGACGCGGCCGCCGAGGCGAGCCAGGAGGCCGCGCAGGGCGCGCUUGCGGCGCUGACCUCGCUGCCGGGCAUCGGCCCCGCGACGGCGGCGAUGGUGCUGCUGCUCGCGGACGGCAGCUGCCCGGCGAUGUCUGACGAGGCGCUGAUGGCGGUUGUGACAGCUGGCGGCGGCAAGCCAAAAUACACCCCCAAGGAAUACUGGCAGCUGCGGGACGCGCUUGUGGCCAAAGCGCGGGAGCUGCGGACACAGACAGGCGACGACACAUGGACAGCAGUCGAGGCGGAGCGCUGCCUUUUCCUGGCCGAUCUCAAAGCAAAUGGCGGGGGCAGUGGCGGCAGCGGCGGCGGCGGCGGCGGCGCUGAUGUUGAUGGAAGAGGUCAGAAGGGGACCAAGGAGGGGGCCGCGGGGAAGCGGGGCGGCGGCAAGCGCCCUGCAGCGGCUGCACCCAACGCCAGCCAUGGCGGCGGGAAGCGGCGCGCUGGCAAAGCGGCAAGCAAGGGUGCGUGA